UAGAUUCUCACUUAUUUUACUUAAGCGAUGGCACCAUACACUAAAGAAAAAAAAUCACCUUUGGGUCUUUGGUGUUCAUAUUCCUGUGAAAGAAUCUAGGAUGUUCCAAGAAAAGGCAUUAGCCAAUUGCUUGGAUACAGUAACAACAUCUACUGAAGAUGGUGCUUUCCAAAAAAAAGGCCAUAGUGCAAGAAUCCUUAGCCCAGAGGAAGCUGAGAGACUGGCAAAAGAUCAGGUUUUGGUGUCUGAGUUCAAACAACUGAAACUGGAGAAAGAGGCACAGAAGAACUGGGAUCUAUUUUACAAAAGAAACAGCACCAAUUUCUUCAAAGACAGACAUUGGACAACCAGAGAGUUUGAAGAGUUAAAAGCAUGUCGGGAGUUUGCAGAUCAGAAACUGACCAUUCUGGAAGCAGGCUGCGGGGUUGGGAACUGCUUGUUUCCACUCUUAGAAGAAGAUCUGAAUAUUUUUGCAUACGCCUGUGAUUUCUCUCCUAGAGCUGUUGAGUAUGUGAAGAAAAAUGCCUUAUACAGUACUGAAAGAUGUAACGUGUUCCAGUGUGAUCUUACCAAAGAUGAUCUUCUAGACAAUAUACCAGCAGAUUCUGUGGAUGUUGUCACACUUAUAUUUGUGCUUUCUGCCAUUCAUCCUGACAAAAUGCAUCUUGUUCUGAAGAACAUUUACAAGGUGUUAAAACCAGGCAAGUGUGUCUUGUUCCGAGACUAUGGACUGUAUGAUCAUGCAAUGCUCAGGUUUAAAUCCGGUAGCAAACUUGGAGAAAACUUUUACGUUAGACAAGAUGGGACAAGAUCGUAUUUUUUUACUGAAGAGUUCUUAUCUCAGCUUUUCAAGGCUGAGGGAUAUGAGCAAGUGGUCAAUGAGUAUGUGCAGCGAGAAACUGUGAACAGGAAAGAAGACUUGCGUGUUCCAAGAGUUUUCCUUCAAAGCAAAUUUCAGAAGCCUUUCAGUAAGACAUAAGGUCUUGCCAAUUAGCAACAGCAUUGCUUGUUUAAAACGGAAGUUAGCACAUAACCUUGUGUGUGCUCAUCUCUCUGGUAAACCAGAAAUGACUGCAUCUAGUACCUCUUGCUGACUUUCAUCCUAGGAUGCUAAACAUGAAUGCUAUUUUUACUUCAAUUUUAAGAUGGUUUAGUGAUGCAGGCAACUUGCUGAGUAUCUGUAUUCCUGCUUCUAAAGUAAAACCUGUGUUGGAGGAUCAGGUAAA